AGGCGCCUAUGGAGAGACUUUUGCCAAGGGUAGCACAUCCCCUCCUCCAUUCUUUCAAAGACCUCUGGUCACGUACCGCACUAGCAAAAGCUCUGUCGGAGUUUCCGAUAGAAUCGUAAAGUCUUCCCCUCCUCUUCUCCCCUCUUCCCGUCUAUACCAAUAGACACCCUUGAAGAAUAACCGAAAACGUACAGAACAGCAGUAACGUCAGUAACUCUUAACUAGUCUUGCCGUAUGCUUCGGUUUGAAGAAACGGUCAAAUAUAGAUGUAUAAGUUCUAUUAACGUUGAGUUGUGAUAUCUUGCAUUUUCGUAUUUAAAUGCAAAAAUUGGAUAUUUUAUGUCGAGUUGUUCGGCCGUGCAAUGUUAUAGUAUAGUGUGUACAUAAAUACUGAAAAUAAGAGUAUGUGAUGAUUUAUGAACAUGUGAUAAUACGACAAAUAUGGAUACGAGUUCAAAUAACUAUCAGAGCUAUUAUCCGACAAAUAUACCAUCGCAUCAGUCAUAUUAUUCACAGACAGCGCUAAAGUGUAUACCUGAAGAGCGUACACCUUGUGAAAGACACUAUAGUUCAACCAGCUUAUUGAAGAAUGUUCUACUGCAUGGCAAGGAAACAAUACAACAAUGUUAUACACAAAUGCAGACGAAUGCAGCUUCGUCAUCCCAGAUCAUGCCAAACAGUCAAAUUGUGUCGCAUAAUCAAUAUCAAACCUAUGAGUUAUGUACGUCGUUACCCAACAUCCAAUUCGACAUAUCUGCAGCAGAUUGUGAUCAAUUUUUUGAAAACUUAGAAAAGCAAUCUCAACAACAAGAAAAUAAUAGAUAUGGCCAAAAUUAUUUAGAACACACUGUGCAAUCACAAAAUUACGCUUUAUCUAAUACUGCUGGACCGUCCACUAUGCCAAUGCAAUAUCAACAGAACGAAUCAAGACAACGAGCCAUUUUUAAUGCGCAACAAGAAUCGCUGAACAGCUAUAUUAUACGUAAUAAUAAUAACAAUAAUAAUAAUAUAACGCAAAAAAACAACAAUAUUAAAACACCCGAUCAUAGCAGCAAACAACAAGAUUUUCGUUCCAACAACGUCGCACAAUAUCCCUGGAUGUUUAAAAAGACAAAUGCCAAUCAAGGAAAUGGUACCGAACAGAAGCGCACGAGACAAACCUAUACGCGCCAACAAAUCUUUGAACUGGAGAAAGAGUUUUGUUCAAACAAAUACCUUACAAGACAACAGCGUUUAAAAUUAGCUAAACGUAUUUAUUUGACUGAGCGUCAAAUUAAAAUUUGGUUUCAAAAUCGACGAAUGAAAGAAAAAAAGGAAACAUGCGUAUCACGUAAGAAAUCAGUUUCAACUAAACCCGUGUUAACAGCAUCAGAUCCAACAGUACCAAAUUCCAACAGCCAGAUGAUGAUUCAUAAAGAACCUAAAGAAGUAUUCAAUCCAGCGCAACAUAAUCAGUUUGCUCAAGCGCAACAGUCACAAUUACAAUCGCAGUAA